AUGUCAGAAAGAACACUUGAUUUUAUUGAUUAAAGAAAUUAAGUCAGAAAACUAGUAACUUGGCCAUGGAAUUUUGUAUUUGGUUUACAAAGUUUCCAAACAGUCCAACACAUUUAUAAUUUCACUGCCAGAACUAUAUUUGCAGCAUCAAGUCUAAUUCCAUUUUUAACCACCUAUAACACUCAUCAAUUCGCUUAUGCUGAAAACUCUGUCCGUCUAACAAGAUAUAGAAAUUAUCACGAUGACAUUAUCUGAUAUCAUUCAAAUCAUUAAACCAAAACCAUUAUCAUAAU